AUGCCUUCCAAUCCCGACUGGGUCAAGGCCUUGAAGCCUUCUGGACCCCAGGGCUCAGAACUCCUCGCACAGGAGAGAGCAAAGUCGAGCCUCAACGUCGAUCAGCUGGCAGACUUCCUGUUCACGAGGCAGGUUCUGGAGAGAAAUGAGAGAAUCUUGAAGAUCUUACAAGCGGAGCCUGUCUUCGAUAAGUCUCAAAACUACUUCCGGGGCCGGGAAGCCAGGAUAGAGGCCGCGUUGGCAAGAGGCAAAAGACUACAGCAACUGUCUGUCCAGCACAAAUGGUCCAAAGAGGAGUUUCAAACGGCCAACGAUCUCGUCAGCGAGCCAACCCCAUAUGGUCUUCAUGCAAGCAUGUUCCUCGUCACCCUCCGCGAACAAGGCACGCCGGAACAACAUAAACUUUUCCUCGAGAGGGCUGAGGCGUACAAAAUAAUUGGCUGCUACGCCCAAACUGAACUUGGGCAUGGUUCCAACGUCAGAGGACUGGAGACGACGGCGACUUGGAAUCCAGAGGACAAGACCUUUACGCUACACUCACCACAUCUGACCGCAUCCAAAUGGUGGAUCGGCUCGCUCGGAAAGGCUGCCAAUCAUGCGGUGGUGAUGGCUCAGCUCUUUGUGAACGGCAAGAACUAUGGUCCUCACCCUUUUGUCGUCCAAAUACGGGAUCUGAAGACACACGAACCUCUCCCGAACGUCCACGUCGGCGACAUCGGUCCGAAGUUCGGAUACAAUACCAUGGACAAUGGGUUUCUCUUGCUCAAGAACGUCAAAGUCCCCCAUGUGAACAUGCUUGCACGGUUCUCCCGAGUGGAUCCAAACACCAACAAAUACGUUCGACCGUCGAACCCGUCGCUGAUCUACGGUACAUUAACCUACAUUCGAAGCCACAUCGUUCUGCAGUCCGGCUCAGUGCUUGCCCGAGGCGUCACAAUUGCCACUCGGUACUGUGCCGUUAGACGGCAAUUUCAGGACCGAGACGCUCCGGCCGGCGAGAUUGGUGAAAACCAGGUGCUCAAUUACACGAUGGUGCAAAUUCGCCUUCUCCCUCUCCUUGCGGCGACGUACGCGCUGCACUUUACCGGCAAAGGCAUGAUCAACCUGUAUCAAGAAAACCAAAAGCGCAUGAACGGCGACGUGGGCAAGCUUGCCGAUUCGAACCGGGCCCCAGGCCCCGAAGAACUCAAUCCUGGCACCGACCUCCUUGCAGACCUUCACGCUACCAGCUGCGCGCUGAAGGCCUUGGGUUCCACCACCGCUGCUGAAGGGUUGGAGGUCUGUCGUCGGGCUUGUGGAGGACACGGCUACAGUUCCUUCUCCGGCAUUGGUAGCUGGUACGCCGACUAUCUUCCCACCGUCACCUGGGAAGGGGACAACUACAUGUUGACGCAACAAGUCAGUCGGUACCUGCUCAAGUCGGCUCGAUCAGUUCUCAAAGGAAACCCGCCCGAUAACGACACAACCCGGAUCCUCAAGGAAUUCAUCAGCCGACGCGACAUCGGCGCGGCCUUUGACGUGAUUGGGAGCGACACCGACCUUGUGGCUGCCUUUGCCUGGCGGGUCUCGUUCCUUACCUUCGAAGCCUUGCGUCAUCGCGACGAGGACAAACAGUCCUGGAACUCUCUCCUCGUGGAUUUUUGGCGCCUGUCCACGGCGCACGCACAAUACAUGGUUGUGAAGAACUUCCACGACGCGCUCAACGAUCCCAACACCACGCAGCAACUCGACCCCGACACGGUGACGGUCCUGCACAAGCUGUUCCGCCUCUACGCCCUCAACACGCUCGAACAAGAAGCGUCAGAAUUCUACUCCAGUGCCGCCGUCACGGUGCGACAAAUCACGCUUGCGCGCACCAAGGCUGUCAUGAAGCUGCUUGAGGAGAUCCGUCCUCACGCGCUUCGCCUGGUCGACGCCUGGAAGUUCCCGGAUUGGCAGCUCGACAGUUCUCUCGGUCGUUACGACGGCAAAGUCUACGAGGACAUGUUCUACCGCGCGAGCGAGCUGAAUCCUCUGAACAGCGUCGUCUUCGACCCAUACCCCGACUCCAAGGUGCUUUUCAGGAAGGACGAGCGCGCCAAUCUGAGAAGCAAAUUGUAA